GGAGCCCGAGCCCGCGGCGGCAGCGGGAGGCGGCGAGGGGGCGCCGCGGCGGCGGCGGCGGGGCCUGCGGGGCGGGCGGCCGGGCCCGGCCAGGCCGCGAUGGCGACCAAGAAGGCAGGCUCGCGGCUGGAGACGGAGAUCGAGCGCUGCCGCUCCGAGUGCCAAUGGGAACGGAUCCCCGAGCUCGUCAAGCAGCUGUCGGCCAAGCUUAUCGCCAACGAUGACAUGGCAGAACUUCUCCUCGGGGAGUCGAAGCUGGAGCAGUACCUGAAGGAACACCCCCUGAGGCAGGGGGCCAGUCCCCGAGGCCCCAAGCCCCAGCUGACUGAGGUCCGCAAGCAUCUGACUGCCGCCCUGGACCGAGGGAACCUUAAGUCAGAAUUCCUACAAGAAUCCAAUCUGAUCAUGGCCAAGUUGAAUUAUGUGGAAGGUGAUUAUAAAGAAGCUCUGAACAUUUAUGCCCGGGUGGGCCUGGACGACCUGCCGCUGACAGCUGCCCCGCCCUACAGGCUGCGGGUGAUCGCAGAAGCCUAUGCUACCAAAGGACUUUGUUUGGAGAAGCUGCCUAUUUCUUCUUCUACCAGUAAUCUCCAUGUGGACCGGGAACAGGAUGUCAUCACCUGUUAUGAGAAAGCAGGGGACAUCGCACUCCUGUACCUCCAAGAGAUAGAAAGGGUAAUACUUUCUAAUAUUCAAAACAGAAGCCCUAAGCCUGGCCCUGCUCCCCACGAUCAAGAACUAGGUUUUUUCCUAGAAACAGGACUUCAGAGAGCCCAUGUCCUCUAUUUCAAAAAUGGGAACUUGACAAGAGGAGUCGGAAGAUUUAGAGAGCUUCUCAGAGCAGUUGAAACGAGAACAACUCAAAACCUGCGAAUGACAAUAGCCAGGCAGCUGGCAGAGAUCUUGUUGCGGGGUAUGUGUGAGCAGAGCUACUGGAACCCUCUGGAGGAUCCACCAUGCCAGUCACCUCUGGACGAUCCUCUCCGCAAAGGAGCAAACACAAAAACCUACACUCUCACUCGGAGAGCCCGUGUCUACUCAGGAGAGAACAUUUUUUGUCCUCAAGAAAAUACGGAAGAAGCCCUGUUGUUAUUGCUGAUUAGCGAAUCAAUGGCCAACCGGGAUGCUGUGCUGAGCAGGAUACCUGAACACAAGAGUGACCGCCUCAUCAGUCUACAGAGUGCGUCUGUGGUCUAUGACUUACUCACCAUUGCUCUUGGAAGAAGAGGCCAGUAUGAGAUGCUGUCAGAGUGCCUGGAGAGAGCCAUGAAGUUUGCCUUUGAGGAGUUCCACCUGUGGUACCAGUUUGCUCUGUCCCUGAUGGCUGCUGGAAAAUCUGCCCGUGCCGUGAAGGUGCUGAAAGAGUGUAUCCGCCUGAAGCCGGAUGACGCCACCAUCCCUCUCCUCGCUGCCAAGCUCUGCAUGGGCUCCCUGCACUGGUUGGAAGAGGCUGAAAAGUUUGCCAAAACUGUCGUUGAUGUGGGAGAGAAAACGUCAGAGUUCAAGGCCAAAGGCUACUUAGCUCUGGGGCUCACGUACAGUCUGCAGGCCACUGACGCUUCUUUGCGAGGGAUGCAGGAGGUCCUACAGAGAAAGGCGCUUCUUGCAUUUCAGAGGGCCCACAGCCUGUCACCCACAGAUCACCAAGCAGCUUUCUACCUGGCUCUGCAACUUGCCAUCUCCAGACAGAUCCCAGAGGCUCUGGGGUAUGUCCGCCAAGCUCUUCAGCUUCAAGGUGACGAUGCCAACUCCCUGCACCUCCUUGCCCUCCUGCUGUCAGCACAGAAGCAUUACCAUGACGCUCUGAACAUCAUUGACAUGGCCCUGAGCGAAUACCCAGAAAAUUUCAUACUACUGUUUUCCAAAGUGAAGUUGCAAUCACUCUGCCGGGGCCCAGACGAGGCACUCCUGACUUGUAAGCACAUGCUGCAGAUAUGGAAAUCCUGCUACAACCUCACCAACCCCAGUGAUUCUGGACGUGGGAGCAGCCUCUUAGAUAGAACCAUUGCUGACAGACGACAGCUUAAUACAAUUACUUUGCCAGACUUCAGCGAUCCCGAGACAGGCAACUCUCCAGAAGCAUACUUUCAUGGUUUUCCUUCCCUUUUUUCAGUUAGCUCCGUCCAUGCCACAUCAGUAGCAGCCUCAAGAGUGGAGCAGGCACUGUCAGAAGUGGCUUCGUCUCUGCAGAGCAGCGCCCCUAAGCAGGGCCCGCUACACCCCUGGAUGACGCUGGCACAGAUCUGGCUCCAUGCAGCUGAAGUCUACAUCGGCAUCGGGAAGCCUGCAGAAGCCACAGCCUGUACCCAAGAAGCUGCCAACCUCUUCCCAAUGUCCCACAACGUCCUCUACAUGCGUGGCCAGAUUGCCGAGCUCCGGGGCAGCGUGGACGAGGCGCGGCGGUGGUAUGAAGAGGCCUUAGCCAUCAGCCCCACCCAUGUGAAGAGCAUGCAGCGACUGGCCCUGAUCCUUCACCAGCUGGGCCGCUACAGUCUGGCAGAGAAGAUCCUCCGGGACGCGGUGCAGGUGAACUCGACAGCCCACGAGGUCUGGAACGGGCUGGGCGAGGUCCUCCAAGCUCAGGGCAACGACGCGGCGGCCACGGAGUGCUUCCUGACAGCCUUGGAGCUGGAGGCCAGCAGCCCCGCCGUGCCCUUCACCAUCAUCCCCCGCGUGCUCUGAGCAGGCGCCUGCCAGCCUCACCUGCCGCUCAGGCCUCAGAGGCCCUGCCGGGCACCAGGGCUUGUCCCAUCACCCCAAGGGGAUGAAUCUGCCGCACUGAGGCCAGGGACGAGUGUUCAGUGGGCCACAGUGAACCAACCAAACCAAGCCCGAAUCAUUGCUCUGCCGCGUGCGUUUCUCUUGUUGUUUUUUGCCAGCCCAAUGAUAGUUUCUGAACCUAUUGACAUUGUUCAAAAUGGAUCAUGUGCCAUAUUUUGUUAGUCGACAUCUGAGUUUUAAGUAAAAUGAUUAUGGAAUUAAUCAGCAAAUGUAGAAGUAUAUAUUCAAAGUUAAAAUUCAGUGGCAGAACAGAUUAUUUUUAUCAGAGCUGUAAAGAAAACAACUGUCCUCUUCUCCCCACCACCCCUCCUGUCCCACCUUGGCCCAGAAACCAAAUGUGAACUUUCUGUUUCCCACCUCAGCGCUAGUCCAUGCCGGGAACCAGCUGACAAUUUCUUGGUUUUACCGUCAAUAAUUAUACCAUGUGAUCAAUGACUGUCCUCACUUAGAGCAAAGCCUGAGUCCAAGAAUAUUUAUAUUUUACCAAUAUAUGCCUGUUACAAGAGAAGGAAAUAUGAGUUAUUUAAGUUUAACUUUUUUAUGUGAAUCCAGAGUUUAUUUAUCGAGGGAAAUAUGUACAAAGAAGCUUCAAAUGGAAUAUUUACUGACAUUCCUUAUACAUGACAGACACUUGGCUACAUGGGAAGAUGAUGUUAAUAAUAAAAUGAUUUUUAAAUGGA